ACUUGAACUCGGUUAUGAGAAAAAAAAUUAUUAAAUGCAUUUAGUGACAAAACGGUCAUGCUACACGGUGGAUGUAUUAAAUUUAAAUUCCAAGAAAAGUGUUUGAAAAUUGUUGCUUUAAAGUAUUUGAAGAAUGUAUAGUACAAAUAGUGUUAAAGAAAUACCCGACUCGGAAACCCACAUCAACUCAGCAACCUCACUAACCGAUUCGCUCAAUGGCGUUGCCAGCGAUGAGAAUAAACACAGCAACGGUUGUGUUGCUAAUAGUGCAUUCAAUACAAAAACAACAGCAAUAGCGACAACCAAUAGCGCUGAGCAAACCGCCAAUAACACUGCACACCCACACAAAGAAACCGAAAACAAUUUGGAGUGCAGCGUUGCAGCCACAUCAUGUGAUGCUAAUAAAAGCGCAGGAACGAUAAAACCAACAACAAUGACAAACAUUUGCCACACACACAACUACAACACAACACCACAUUGCAGUGAAUCAUUAGCUGCAUUAAGCGCAACAACGCCAAGUGAAGCGGCAGCGACAGCAACAACCGCAGAGGAAAGCUCCAUUGCAACAACAACACCAACACCAAUUAGUGACUUUUAUCAAAACGCCACCGUUCUUAUCACCGGCGGCACCGGCUUCGUUGGCAAAGUGCUCACACAGAAGUUGUUGCGCGCUUUCGAGUUGCGCCGCAUUUACAUGCUCAUCCGUUGCAAGGACAAUAUGUGUGUGGAGGAGCGACUGGAGAACUUCUUCAAAGAAACGAUUUUUGACACCAUACGUGCGGAACAGCCGGAGCUUUUUCGUAAGGUGCAUGCAGUUCGUGUGGACUACAGUGCCAUUGAUUUGGGCAUUUCAGCGGAGGACAGAGAAAUUUUAUGUGAUGAGGUUGAGAUCAUUUUCAAUGUUGUCGCUUCGGUAAAGUUCAAUGAGAAACUCAGCGAUGCAAUUGACAUCAAUGUUUUGGGUACAAAAAAGAUACUCGAUUUAUGCAUGGAAAUGAAGAAACUAAAGUCACUAGUGCACAUUUCAACGCUCUACUGCAAUUGCAAUCGGAAAUACAUCAAGGAGCGCGUAUAUGAAAAUGAUAUUGGCUAUGAAAAAAUCAUGCAGAUCUUUCGCAUCUUCGACGAUGAGACGCUGGAAAAAUUUCGUCAUUGCCUGAUCGGCGACAUGCCCAAUACAUACACAAUGACCAAAAAGUGCGCUGAGAAUUUAGUUAAUCAUCGAGCUUUUUAUAUGCCAGCGGGUAUUUUUCGUCCACCCAUCGUUAUGUCAACCUACAAGGAUCCAUUUCCCGGCUGGACUGAUAAUUUGUAUGGGCCAUCAGGUUUGUGCACUUGGUCGGCGCGCGGUCUAGUGCGCUGCAUCUACGGUCGGGCUAACUGCAAGGCCAAUAUGGUGCCGGCAGAUUACUGUGUCAAUGCAAUGAUUGCCAGUGCAUGGGACAUAGCCAGAAGAUUUUUAUUGCGCAAAAGUGAUACACAAUCCAAGGAGGAAUUACCUGUCUACAAUUACAUUUUCGAUCGGAACAAUUUAACAUGGGGCCAAUAUAUGCGCAUGUCGCGUGAGGGAUUUCACGAGCCAUUUGACAAGGCAUUGUGGUGUUUCUCUUACGUUAUAAUUCCAUCAAAGCCACUACAUUAUGCCGUUGCAUUUUUCCUACACAAUAUACCGGCUUAUAUAUUAGAUUUCAUUGCCUUGGUAACGGGACGAAAGCGCAUCACCGUAAUUACUCUCAAACAUUACAACUCAACCACUUCACAUUCUAUUGUCUUUGGCGAUUAUUUACUGCUACCGUUGUGUGCGCUAUUACUCAGCUAUAUAAAAGCUUAUCGUAAAAUCUCGCGCGUCAUUUAUAUGAUGUCUUGGUUUGGUCUGAAAGACUGGCGUUUCGCCCACAAUAAUAUUGAUGAAUUGGAUGCGAUGCUUUGCAAGACACAAGAAAGGAAUUUACUGCAAUUCAAUAUGGCCACGAUUAAUUGGAGGGAAUAUUUUCGCUCAUAUCUGAGUGGUAUACGGCGCUAUUUCUUCAAGGAUAAUGAUAAUAAAUUGCAGAAGCGGCGUGCAUUUUAUCGCAGGCUACAAAUCUUGCAUCAGCUACUCAAAACUACUUUUGGACUUGCCCUAAUUGCAUGCUUUUUGAAGAUGUACUUCAAAAUUUUUAAGAUUAUACCGAAAAUUGCAUUUUAACUGGCGAAAUGCUGAGUAGAAUACACUUUCACUUAAAUCGUAGCAGAGCAGGAGCUGAGGCAUAAAAUUCAUUUUCGUUUUUCAUCAUACAUACAUAUGUACUUAGAGUAAUAUGGGCGAAGUGAAAGUUUUGUAGUCAACAAGCAUUAGUUUCUUCAGUAGAUCAUAGGUA